CACCCAACUUCGUCGGCCGCUGAGACUCCGAGGCGACAUGAGGUGCUUCUGGCUUCUUCUGGCCGCCGUGACUCUGGCCCUCGGCUGGGCGGAGGAAGGGAUCGACAUCCCAGAAUAUGACGGCGUGGACCGUGUCCUGCACCUCUCCUCGAAGAACUACAAGCACGUGCUCAAGAAGUUCGACAUCCUGUGCCUCUACUACCAUGAGCCCGUCGAGGACAACAAGGUCUCGCAGAAACAGUUCGAGUGGGAGGAGCUCACCCUUGAGCUAGCAGCCCAGGUCCUGGAGGAUGAGAACAUUGGCUUUGGUUUGGUCGAUGCUGGGGAGGAUGAGGCUGUCGCUAAGAAACUGGGUCUGUCCGAGCAGGGGAGCAUCUACGUUUUCAAGGAAGAUAACGUGAUCGAGUACGAUGGCGAGCUGGCUGCUGACACCAUCGUGGAGUUUCUCCUGGACGUGUUGGAGGACCCAGUCGAGAUGAUCGAUGAUGAGAGUGAGAUCGAUUCCUUCGAGGACGAUGACGAUGAGACCAAGCUGGUUGGUUACUUCAAGAACGAGCACUCUGAACAUUUCAAAGCCUUUGAAGAGGCAGCUGAAGAAUUCCAACCAUAUAUUGCUUUCUACGCAACUUUUAAUAAGCGAGUAGCCAAAGAUCUCGAUCUCAAAUUGAAUCAAAUCGAUUUCUAUGAGCCUUUUAUGGAUGAGCCCAACUCCUUACCUGGAAAGACACACACAGAGAAAGAGAUCGUGGACUAUGUCAAUAAACACAAGAGGGCAACCCUCAGGAAGCUGAAACCGGACAGUAUGUAUGAAACCUGGGAGGACGAUAUCGAUGGGAUACACAUUGUCGUGUUUGCGGAGGAAGAUGAUGCAGAUGGUUACGAGUUCCUUGAGAUCGUGAAGGAGGUGGCAGAGGACAAUACAGACAACCCCAACCUGAGCAUCGUUUGGAUAGACCCCGAGGAUUUCCCGCUGCUGAACCCCUACUGGGAGAAGACAUUCGGAAUUGAUCUCUCAGAACCCCAGAUUGGAGUGGUCAACGUUACAGAUGCAGACAGCGUCUGGUUAGACAUGGAUGAGGAUGACUUGCCAAGUCCUGACGAGUUGGAAGAUUGGAUUGAGGAUGUUCUCUCUGGUGAGAUCAAUACCGAAGAUGAUGACGAUGAUGACGAUGACGAUGAUGAUGACGAAGAUGAUGAUGAUGAUGAUGAUGAAGAGGAUGAUGACGAUGACGAUGAUGAUGACAACGAUGACGAUGAUGAUGAUGAUGAUGAUGAUGAAUAAUUUUACACCCGCAUCACCAAUUCUCAGUGCAAAGCCAUCAAUCAUCGCUCUAUUUAUUGCCAAAAAAUAGCCUGGCCGUGAUUUAUUGCACCUCUUUUUUUUUCUAUCUGUAAAUCUCUAUAACUUUAUCAUUUUCUAUUGAAAAAUCACUGUAGAAUCGUGUUGGAAUGAGGGGAAAAAAAUACAGAGAACAAAAGUGAACCGAA